AUGGCCAUCAACGCCGACCCGGCCAAGCUCUUCGAGCAACUGCAGAGCGAUCUGAAUCUUGUGCUUGAACAAACAGGAAGAAUAUUCGCUGCUAUCAACAACAGCCCGAAUGUGCCUCCAACUGCUCAAAGGAACAAGCUCAACCGCAUUCUACCAGAGGCGGAACUCCGGUGGCACCAUACCUUGGAUCAGCUAGAAGUCGAUGUGCAAUUGGCGUCGCUCACGAUGCGCCGUGACUUAGCAUUGCUUCGCGAGCGGUCCGGUGUGAAGCCUAUGCAAGAAGACAUCAAAGCACAGUCGCAGCAGGAGACUUCGCCACUCGCGCCAGAACCUGUGAGGGAGGAUCCCAUCGUGCCCACAGAGGAUGUGAAGCAAGUCGAUGUCGAAAUGUCCAACACCGAUAUGCAGCCCACCACAGAGGACAUUCCGAUGCAGGACAGCACAGCGGAAGGACCUCAAGAUACACAUCCAGCGCCGUCUUUCGACGAACUGAUCGCAGAAGGCCCAGCGCCAGAUCCGCCGAUGGAAGAUACCAAGCCCAGCGUGGCAGCGCACACCCAACCCACAGCGGAAUCUUUGGCAGGAGCCGAUGCUAAGCCACCUCCGAGCGACCUCCAAGUAGACACAAAAGCAGCAGAAGGACUGAAGACUGUAUCCAAGGACGAAGAAAAGGCUCCUGACACAGCCAACGACCUCGAUUCCCUCUUCGGCGGACCCAUCAGCGCCGAGCCUGGCGAAAGUACCGACUUCACCUUCGACCAGAAUGGGGCCACCGACAUAGACUUUGGCUCAUUCGGCGCAAACUUCGACACAAAUCCGACCGACAACGACGACAUUGCGUCGCUACUACCCGGCCUGCAAGAUUACGCCAACACACAGGACAACUCAGGCGCCGAUGUCGACCUCAAUGCUCUCUUCGGCACAACCGACUCGAACAAUGGCAUGGACCAGCAAGGAGCGGGAGAGCAGCGCGACACGACCUUUGAUGAUUUGCUGGACAUGACAGACAUGGCAGACUUUGGUGGCGGUAUGGAAGGCGAUGCGAACAACAACAACAACAACAACAACAACAACAACAACAACAACAACAACAACAACAACAACAACAACAACAACAACAACAACAACAACAACAACAACAACAAUAACGAGGCUUUCGACUUUGAUUCGUUGUUUGACUAG